CCUAGUGUAAUUAUUGAAUGAGCCCCCUUUCAAGGUCAGAAGUGUUCCUGGUGGGGAACAAAUCAUACAUUCUCUCCCUAGUUCUUCUCGUUUGGGUUACAGAUAGGGAUGGGGGAAGGGAGGACGCGAACAGGCAAGGGGCGUUCUCUCUAAUGGGUCUCUUGCUCGACUUCCGGUGGCAUUUCGAAUCUACAGACCCGUGGGGGCACCUACGAUUGCAUCUUUGCUGUUUUAGCAACAACUGUGCUAAUCGAAGUGGUUAAAGGCUCGUUUUUGAACUUCUCUCAAAAAACUCUGAGAAAGUAACAGUGCUCCCUGAAACCAUCAAGAAAGAAAAUGUCGGUGACAUUGCAUACAGAUGUAGGUGAUAUUAAAAUAGAAGUCUUCUGUGAAAGGACACCCAAAACAUGUGAAAAUUUCUUGGCUCUUUGUGCCAGUAAUUACUACAAUGGCUGUAUAUUUCAUAGAAAUAUCAAGGGUUUCAUGGUUCAAACGGGAGAUCCAACAGGUACUGGAAGGGGAGGUAACAGUAUCUGGGGCAAGAAGUUUGAAGACGAAUAUAGUGAAUAUCUUAAGCACAAUGUUAGAGGUGUUGUAUCUAUGGCUAAUAAUGGCCCAAAUACUAAUGGGUCUCAGUUUUUCAUCACCUAUGGGAAGCAGCCACAUCUGGACAUGAAAUACACAGUAUUUGGCAAGGUGAUAGAUGGUCUGGAGACUCUAGAUGAACUGGAGAAGUUACCCGUAAAUGAGAAGACAUAUCGACCUCUUAAUGAUGUACACAUUAAGGACAUAACUAUUCAUGCCAACCCAUUUGCUCAGUAACUAUAAUAGACCUGGACAGAUACUUGGCAAGCUAUUCAGGGAACACACCUAUUAUGGUUCACUCAGUUUUAAUUAUGUCAAAGAUUGCAGCUUUGUUUACAACUAAGAUCUUCUGUGAGGUGCUGGUACCAAGAGGGGACAAACAGUGUUUAGUCCUAUUUUUAGGGCAUAUUCUAUGACUAUUAUCUAAUGCAUUUCUUUAAUUAAAAAAA